CGAGGGAGGAAGAGGGAUAGACUUGCAGGAUCUUGUUGACUGUAAUUGCCUGUUCAGCGCUGGCAGUCACAGUUGCAGGCUGCAGCGCGGGGGGCGAGCUGGGAGCGUUGGUCAUGCCGGCCGCAGCACAGAGGAACAGCGCGUGUGGGCACGCCUCCCUCGCCCUGCUGGCCCUGACCCUCACGCUGGCGGCCGCGCGGGCCGAUCUGCACGUCUGCGAGGGGAGCUUCUUCGAGCGCGCGCCGCCGGCCCAUGUCGCCCUGUCCGGGCUGAAGACGGAGUGUCAUGCGUUGGCGGACGGGCGGACCUUCGCGACGCUCCACGACCCGGGGUGUGGGGCCACCAUCUACACGGCCUUCCACCUGAGCCCGAGCAAUGGGUGGGGGAAAGGGGUGGCGCAGGAGGGGGAUGAAGGUGGGACAGAAGACGCUGGUGAAGAAUCCACCGUGUUUGUGCCUGCUCUGUACAAGAGGGGGCAAAAUGCAGCUCCGCCUGCCUUGGCCUCCCCUCUCCAGAAAAUGGACUCUCUCAGUGCAGAGGUGGUAGAGAGCAAGGUCAUACCUCUGUGCUCCAAGACAGGGGGGGACGUGUACGUGCAGACUGGCGUGGGGGGUUUGAACAAGUGCCAGACAGGGGCGGCGUGGACGGCGGCGUGUUGCGCCGUCCCGGAGGGAAGCGGGAGUUUUAGUGUAGGAAUAAUGCAAGGAGAAGGCAAGGAGCUGCAGACGGUGAGCGUGAAGGAGCUGGAGGAGUGGGUGGGAGUCCAGGAGCUAUUUUCAGGGGGUUGUGGGGAGAGUGGAGGCCAGGGAGAGGAGGAGGUGGAUUCGUUCUUGAGAGAGUCACUGGACAGCAGCUGCCAGGACCUGCCCUUGGCUGAGGAGAGCGAGGAGCAGGCAGCAUCCCAUGCCGCGAUGCUCGGAGACGAACCCGACCCCGAGGAGACCUCGGAGUCUGACGAUGGCGGCAUUCUGCUCUAUGUCCUUUCUUCCGUCGCCUCGCUCCUCUGCAGUCCCUUCUUCGCCGUGGCCUCCGCCUUUGCCGACCUCCUCUCUCAGGUCGCGUACGUGCUUCAGGAGGACGCGGCCGUGUUGGCGGCGGUGCCCGGCGACGGCCUCGCUCUGACCCAGAGCCUGGCCUCCGGCGUGGCCUCCGGGGUGGAGGGUGCGUGGGACGUCAUGUACUGCGUGGGUGCGACGGGCGCCGGUUCGGUCUACGCCUGCGCGAGCGCGUUGGGCGGAAUCCUGCUGCUAUCGUUCCAGGAAGGGCUGGCGGGCAUGGCCACGUUGGCGUGCGAUGCCCUGGGGCUGGCGACCGGCACGCUGGAGCGAGGCUGGGAUGUGGGCGGGGCUGUGGUAGGGUGGGCGGGCCAGCAGGUGGGUGAGUACCUGGGCACUGUGGGUUCGGAGCUGAUGCAGCAGACAGUGACAGUGGGAGACGGGAUGGGGACUCUCGCCUGGAGGGGUCAAAGGGGCAUGUGUCACCUGCUUCAGGCACUGGGGGGCAUAAUGGGAGGGUUGCUGGAGAACACCGUAGGGAACGUCCAGGAGGCCUUCGGAGGAGAGUGAGAGAAUGGGACGCGUUUCUUUUUUCCUACAUAUCCAUGUCUGUAUCCUUCCAAGCUUCUGUAUACUGCAUUGUACUAUCAGCAUCUUCCUGUUACAAGACGAGCCGAAUGUGAACGACACAUGGUAAGGCGUCGUUUCCAGCGUAUGGAGCGGCCACGGCGAAAUGGCACCGAGGGAACCGAACUGAACGUAGAGCGUAAAUGUCGCAGCGGCUUGCAGCCUCAUUGGGAGGUCUUAACGAUGUACAGCUACUUCCUGUCGGGUGUGGUCGGGUUAAGGGGCUACUGUUACACUACGGGAGUUAUCAUGAAAAGGUGCUGGUCCUGAAAAGAGAUAGAAAACAUUUGGUGUCGUUGGUGUGAGAAUGCCGUUAUAUAUGAGUGCAUAUAUAUGUGUGUAUUUUUGAGUGUGUUUUGGGGCGUGCUGUGGUAUUUUGAGCCAUGCUGUGUAAUGACUAGUGUAGUCUCCAUUUCUGCAGAAUCAGUUCUCUCCUCCGCCCACCCUCUUUUCUGAGAUUAGCCGGUUGUCAGUGAGUCUUCAUUACAAAUGCAUGUUCCUCCCUCACUGUUCUUCUGACCAGACCUGCCUACCCUCACCUUUUAUGGAAAUGACUCCAGUGCGUAGACAGAGGAAUCUGUAAAUGACUAACCGCAGAGGCGAUUUCAGUGGCAGGGCCACGGGACCUGGAACCAACCAGAAUCCUCUCAGUUCCACACUGACACAGAUCCAUAUGUCCUUGUGGAGCUCGGGACAGCUGGUAUCAGGAUUAUAUUUAACCAUGUGUGGUAUCUGAAUAAAUCCUUGAUUCUCUGA